UCGAGGAAGGUUGAUAAGUGAAUGAGCGAAUGAGUGAGAGAGAGUGGGAAGCAUCGAAUCCUCGAGAAUCUUAAUCCCGGUUAUCAUCCUAUCCUGACAAAUUCAACAAGGAGUAGCUCAGUCAAGUAGACACCCAAACGCCUGGCCAUGGCCCGCCCUAUUGAUUAUAGUAAAUGGAAGGAUAUCGAGAUUUCCGAUGAUGAGGAUGACACUCAUCCGAAUAUCGACACACCCUCUCUGUUCAAAUGGCGUCACGAAGCCCGAGUUCAGCGCAUGAAGGAACAGGAGGAACUCAAAAAGACGGUUGAGACUGAAAAACAAGCGAAAGAACGAAAGCUGCGUGAGCUCCGCGAGAAAGUGGCCAAGGCCGCCGACCAAGCCGAUCCUAAUCUCGAGACCUUGAAAAAGUCUUUGGCCGAAGUGGAAGCUGAAGCCGUCGAGGCCUUGAAGAAAAAAUCCGAAUUGGACCAAAAAGAAAAGUUACAACCUUGGAAUGUGGACACCAUCUCGAAAGAAGGGUUUUCCAAGACCAUUGUGAAUAAACCAGCGGAGCGGGCAGGCCAAAAUAUGACCGAUGAAGAACGCGAGGAGUACAUGCGGGCCUUUGUCAAGAAGCAUGAAAGUGAGAUCAAGCAUUACGGUUGGCUCAACAAGUUCGAUGACAGUAAGCGAUAUCUCAUGGAGCACACCUACUUAGCGUGCGAGGAAACGGCCAACUACCUCGUCAUCCAAUGCAUCAACUUGGCUAUGGAGGAGAAAUUCUCAGCCAUGGAGCAAGUCGCCCAUCAAACGAUUGCCAUGCAGUAUCUGUUAGAGUUGGCCAAGCAAUUGGAUAUCGACCCCCGAGCCUGCAUUUCCUCCUUCUUCACAAAGAUCCAAGUGGCCGAUGAAGAAUACAAGAAAGCGUUCCUGGAUGAGUUGGCCAGCUUCAAGGGGCGAAUCCGAAGGCGUGCCAAGGAGAAAGUCGAGGAACAACUCGCCGAAAUGGAAGAAGAAGAAAGACAAGCUCGUCUUGGACCCGGCGGCUUGGACCCACUGGAGGUUCUGGAAUCCCUUCCGGAGGCUUUGAAGGAGUGCUUCGAGUCUCAGGACACGGAAAAAUUACAAGCAGUAAUCCGAGCCAUGGAUCCCAAGGACGCUCGCCAUCACAUGAAGCGCUGUGUGGAUUCGGGUUUGUGGAAACCAUCCGCCGAAGAUCCCAACACCAAUCCCGAGGACGGAUUCAAGCGUCGGGAGCUAGAAUCCGAUGAUGAUGACGAUGACGAUAAAGAAGAAGUUGAGGCGGCGGAAGAGAUCUAUGAGGAGAUUCCCGAGAGCAAACCAUGAGACAUACAAGAUUUAGCAUUACGAACCAAACGGCGCACACACACGUAUUCACACACGCACACACAUACAUACAAUAUAACAAGAGCGAGCGCAUA